UUGAUAAACAUCAUAAUUGAUGGAAUCGGCGACCCCGUAAACAUGGCGUCUGUGCGCUUCGCAGCUACCUCAAUGGAUACACUAAAACAACUCCUGAAGAAAUGCGAGACCUAUCGUGCUACUGCUCCUCUGAUUCCUGUUACGUCAACUAUUGUCAACAAACAACAUGACAUUAGUAAGGAGAAUUAUGCAGCCCCCCGAUGCUACAAUUGCCGAAAAAUGGGACACACACAGAAUCAGUGCCGACUACCAGCCAGACCACCCGGUUCGUGUUUUCGAUGUCACAAAGAAGACCACAUAUAUCAAAACUGCCCCCAACGCGUACAACAAGCUGCAGCAACCAUGCACGUUAUCGAUUCGGAAGAGGAAGAACCUCACAAUAACCAAACCAUUGUUAAGAUGAAUGCGCAUCAGGAGUCCUAAGAGCUUUAUCAAUG